GCUCGUGCUCGGGCGCGCGCUCUGGGAGUGGUCGCGGGGCGGCGGGAGGGGCGAGCAGGGGCGGGGCCGCGGCGGCGCGCGGACGCCGAGCAGUGCCGGGCUUCUAGAGGUUGCGGCGCGGCCACCAGCAGGAGGCCACCGGUAGCUGUACCCAGAGCCUGGAAACCCGAGACUUCGGGGCCGCGGAGGGAGGCGAGGCGCGGAGGGAGGCGAGGCGCGGAGGGAGGCGAGGCGCGGAGCCCGGCCGUAGGCAAGAGCCGCGCGGUGCUGCUAGCUUCUCUGCAGACAGCGCUUCCCUAGGUCCGUUUCGGAAGUGGGUGGGGGUGGCGUGGCCGGCGUCGGGAGGAAUUCGAACGCCCGCAUCCAGGAAGAAAGAAUUCACCUGUGUUUCGAGGCAGCGCGGCGGACUUGAAGGGAGCGGCGGCCAGCUCUUGCUCCUGGCACAAUGGGCUGUACGCUGAGCGCCGAGGACAAGGCGGCGGUGGAGCGGAGUAAGAUGAUCGACCGGAACCUCCGCGAGGAUGGCGAGAAGGCGGCGCGCGAGGUCAAGCUGCUGCUGCUCGGUGCUGGUGAAUCUGGGAAAAGUACAAUUGUGAAGCAAAUGAAAAUUAUCCACGAAGCUGGUUAUUCGGAAGAGGAAUGUAAACAGUACAAAGCAGUGGUCUACAGUAACACCAUCCAGUCAAUUAUCGCUAUCAUUAGGGCCAUGGGGAGGUUGAAGAUAGACUUCGGUGACUCGGCCCGGGCUGAUGAUGCCCGCCAACUCUUUGUGCUUGCUGGCGCUGCUGAGGAAGGUUUUAUGACUGCAGAACUUGCUGGAGUUAUAAAGAGAUUGUGGAAAGACAGUGGUGUACAAGCCUGCUUCAACAGAUCCCGGGAGUACCAGCUUAAUGAUUCUGCAGCAUACUAUUUGAAUGACCUGGACAGAAUUGCACAACCGAAUUAUAUCCCAACUCAACAAGAUGUUCUCAGAACCCGAGUGAAAACUACAGGAAUUGUUGAAACCCAUUUUACUUUCAAAGAUCUUCAUUUUAAAAUGUUUGAUGUGGGAGGACAGAGAUCUGAGAGGAAGAAAUGGAUUCAUUGCUUUGAAGGAGUGACCGCCAUCAUCUUCUGUGUGGCGCUGAGUGACUAUGACCUGGUUCUAGCUGAAGAUGAAGAAAUGAACCGAAUGCAUGAAAGCAUGAAGUUGUUCGACAGCAUAUGUAACAACAAAUGGUUUACAGAUACAUCUAUUAUACUUUUUCUAAACAAGAAGGAUCUCUUCGAAGAAAAAAUCAAAAAGAGCCCUCUCACUAUAUGCUAUCCAGAAUAUGCAGGCUCGAACACAUAUGAAGAGGCAGCUGCAUAUAUUCAAUGUCAGUUUGAAGACCUCAAUAAAAGAAAGGACACGAAGGAAAUAUACACGCACUUCACAUGUGCCACAGAUACCAAGAAUGUGCAGUUUGUCUUUGAUGCUGUAACAGAUGUCAUCAUAAAAAAUAAUCUAAAAGAUUGUGGUCUCUUCUGAGUUUCGCAGUAAGUGGUAAAAUGCAUUUUCAAACCAAAUGAGUACUUAUAUGUGGAUCUCUCUAGACGAGUCUUGCAGCAACACAGAAUGUAGUAUAUAGGAAAUGCAUCUGGGACCUGACCAAAAUUUUCUUUUUUUUUAAACUGGAAGUAAUGGAAGGUCCUUUCUUAAAUGUGAGAAGUGGUCCUGCAGUGUGAAACUAAGGGCAGUGUUAAAGCUGGACUCUAGUGUAUUGAUGACUUCUGUGUAAGUGUAAAUAUGCAAAUGUAUGUAUACAUGUAUUUAUGACUUUAGUUUUCCACAUUACUUUUAGGUAUUAAGAGUGGCAACUUAUGAUUUUAGCGUGAUGGCUUGGGAAAUAACAGAAAUAUUAAGUACUUUGUACUGAAUGACAGACUAUUAUGUUUGCCAGUUUUAAACAGCUUUAUUUAUGUUCAUGUCCUGUAAAUUUUUAAGUACAGUAAUUAAUAUUAGGACACAUUGCAGCCCUUGUCUUGAUUAUAUGUAUACUUGUAAUCAUAAAAAUGUUAUUUGUACAAACAUUGCACAGACUAUUUUAAUAACAUGAUUUGUUCUUUAAAUUUGUUUUAUUGAAACGUUCUUGAAGUGGAUGAGUAUACCUGCCUUUGGAUCAGUUAAACAUUGUAUGCAUUUCAGUUUUUCUUUUAAGAAUGCAUGCUAAUCUGAUUCUACAUUAGAUUUGGUUUGAAAACAAAUUUCAGAUUUUUGAGGAUAUACUUACAGACUUACUAUAAAUUCUUAAUUUUUAUUCCGUUGGUUUGUUUUCACUUUGAAUUUUAAUAUUUGGAUGGUAUUCAUGCAUUGCCUUAAAGGUGAUGCCAGAUUUUUAUACACUUUAAAUAACUACAUUUUUAUUUAUAACUAAGUUUAGGUGGGUGUGAGAGCAUUUUUGUGGGUAAAAAAUAAGUUAGCAUAAUGAAUUUUGAGACAUUCAUUUGUGUAUUUCCUUUGGGAAAUCCCUUGUACCUACUAUACAUGAUAGCUCCUUGUUUAGAAGAUAACAAGAAAGAUCUUUGAAUAUUCUGCUGAUGAUAAAAUGCAACCUUUAAAUUCAUAUAUGUAAGUAACUAGUUUCAAAUUUAAUUAUCACGCUAUGUUAAAAUUACUUUCUUCCCUUAGAUUAUUCAAAUUUCCUCCACUUGCUUGAGUUUGUAUUAUUUCUUUUUAAAGUGCUAUUAUUUCUGAGAAUGAAAUGGGCAAUUACACUUAGAAAAUGAGUAACAGCAUUUAAUUAAGUCAGUGAUUGUGUGUAUCCUCAAGUAAGUGUUACAUUUCUGCUAGAUAUUGAAUUUUGAUAGUCAUUUUUAAUUAUUCAUGGCGUGUCUCUAUGACCUCGUUUCAGCAAAGUGAACAGCAUUCCAUACCCUACUUCUCUUUUUUACUCAUCUUGAAAAAGUUAGUCUUUCAGUAAGCUUCAUGGGUAAGUAGUUUCUAAAUUUAGUUGUGUGCUAUCAUUUUGUUGAAGUCUCUUUGUGGUUUUGUGUGUGUGUGUGCGUGCGUGUGUAUAUAACCGUUUCAUUUUGGGGAUUUGUUUUUCUUCUUUGUAAUGUAGAGAAAUUCAAAAAUUUCUUAACAAAAUUCUUCAAAUGUGUUAGUUUAGAUUCUUUAUGUGCCUUUCAUGAAAGAUAUGUUUUCAUUAAUUUUAUGGACGGAAGACCUGUUGUAUUCACAUUAUGAAGCUAUGUAUGAAGUUCAACUAUCCUGUAAAUCAAUUUGAAUCAUGAGAAAUAAGGUUAAAACGCCACAAGAAGCACAUAUUGGUGACCAUAAUUGAUGAAUUCCUGAACUUUAGUCUGUGUAAUUGUGUUACUAAUAAAACCUAAUAAAUUUGAAUUUUUAAAAUUU